CCAAACUGCUCUUCGGGCAAUAUGCAUUUCUCCUUUCCCCCGAGAGAGAGAGCGUUAUCAUCCGUCCGGCUAACCGCACACACACACACACGCAUACAGAGUUACCGAGGAAUAAUCGCUUUUGUCGUGCGUGUGUGUGUGCAUAUAAAGCUUCACACGCUUUCCCGGCAGCAUCUUUCUUCUUCUUCUCCACUCUCUUCUUACCACCACACCUACAGCAGACAACGCAUCAUGGUCCAAGGAACUCCUCUCGGCAAAGGCAUCUUCGUGCCUAUUCCAACCUUCUUCAAGCCCGAAAACGAAGACCUCGACCUGGAAGCUUUAGAGAAGCACAUCAAGUACAUGUGCAACACCGGUGUUGCCGGCAUCAUUUUCAUGGGCUCCACUGGUGAGGCCGUCCACUUGAGCGAUGAGGAGCGCAUUACCAUGAUUAGCAAAGGUCGCGAAUUCAUUCAAAAGUACGACCCCUCCGUCAAGGUGCUUGCUGGUGCAGGCAUUCAGUCUGCUCGCGGCACGAUUAAGUUGGCCAAAGACGCAGCAGCAGCCGGUGCCGGACACGUGCUUGUUCUGCCUCCCUCAUACUACAAGCCCAGCAUGAGCAGUGAUGCCCUGUAUGCUUUCUUCAAGCGCGUUGCAGACGAAUCGCCAAUUCCUGUUGUGAUCUACAACUAUCCCGGCGUCACCCAGGGCGUUGACAUUGACGCCCAAACGAUUGUCAAGUUGGCAAAGCACCCCAACAUUGUGGGCAUCAAGGGCACGGAUGGUAACAUUGGCAAGGUCGGCUAUGUUGCACACCGCAUUACUCCUGAAGAUAAUUUCGCGCUGCUGGCCGGCUCCGUAGACUUUUUCCUUCCCGCACUGGCAGUGGGCGCUGUUGGAUGUGUGCCAGGUUUGGGCAACGUGGCGCCACGUGCUUGUGUCGAAAUCCAAAAGCUGUUCGAAAAGGGCGACCUUGAAGGCGCCAAAAAGCUGCAGCAGACUCUUGUCGAGCCCGAUGAUGCUUUGGCCCGCUGGUACGGCAACCCCGGUGUCAAGGGCUGUAUGCAGCGUGUGUUGGGAUGGGGAGGCCUGCCUCGCAACCCUCUUCAGCCAUUGCCUGCAGACCAGGUGGAGGCGAUCGCAAAAGCGGUUGGGGUUUCCAUGACGAUCGAGCAAUCGCUGACAACGUCAUCCUGAAUCAAAUAGCCCAUUCAUGCGUUUUCCCAGGCCAUGUGAAAAGCAAAUUUGUACGAAUCAACUCCUGUCGGCCGCCCAUUUCUCCGGUGCGACACAGGCACAAGCACACGCACACUGUAACUGUAUAGCAUCUCUCUCUCUCUCUCUCUCUCUCUCUCUCU